AGAUGAUUUCUUUACGCCUCAGUGUCCCCUUUUGUAAAAUGGGACCUUGUGCCUGAGGGGAUUGCUGUAGGGUGGAAUGAGAGCCUGACUAUGCCUGUCAUGUGGGAAGGUCAUAGUCAGUGGGGCCUGGGGUUAUCUUGGAGAGCAGAUGACCAGCCUUAUUCCUGAAGCAGCAACCAGAAUGUGACCCAAGUUUUCCCUGGCUGAUAGCAGACAGGGUGUCCAUGGGGCUCUAGGAGAUCUGUUGGAGAUCUAACCCCCACCCAUCUCUAGGACACUUUAGCCCAAGCCAAGAAUUUCAAUGUCACCUGGACUUGGAUUCAAGUCCCAGCUAUUUUCUCUCCCUGGGAACUUGGGAAAACCCCUUCAUCUUACUAAGCCUUCGUUUUUUCAUUUGUAAAAUGGGGCUAACAGUACCUAUCUUCCAUAACUGUCAAGAGAAUUAAAUCAGAUAUUAUAGGUAAAGCACUUAACACCUGGCAUUCAGCGGGAGCGGUUACUGUUUUUUCAGUGUGUGGAGAUCUGAGUGCAUGCAUUUUGGCUUGAACACAUUUUUGACAGUAGCAUGGUUGUAUAAGACAGGAGGGCAGAAGUUUCAAAGCUCCUUGUUUUCUGGUCAAACUUACUGGCCAUGACAGUAGUCAGAUCAGUGACCUGGGUCUAAUGAAUCUUUAACUGAAGGUGGCAAAUUGAGUCAUCAGGGUGAGGACCAGGAGUCUGGGUCCACCUCCACAUGACUGAGCAUAAAGGGCUACUUUUUAAAGCAAGGGCCCAUGCAGGGCAGAGACUGUUUGGAAUGAAGGCCAGACUUAGAUUAAAAACAAAACAGGAGAAUGGGGUUUGCCUCUGAGUAAAGCCUGGAACUCCAAACAGGACCUGAGCCCUGUUGAUACCUUCUAAGUGAUUUGAGAAAGGAAGACAUAGCCAUAUUGACAAUCACCAAGCUUUCCCAAGUAGCGAAAAGUCAAGCCCCUGCUUCUGGCAUUUGUUCAUUCAACAGAGAGCAGUGUAGAGCCUUCUGUGUGCCAGUCACAAUGCUAUGAAAAAGCAGUGAAAAGGACAGAUGUAGUCUUAGAACCCAGAGAGGAGACAGCCCAAUGAUGCCUGUCAGGCUUUGACCCUGCCCUUUGUCUGCAGUCUCUUCCCUCAGGUAGCCUGUACUUCAGCAGGAGAAACUAAAUAAUUACUGUCUGGAGAGGCUCAUGGGAGUUGCUUCUAGAAGGCUGGGAUAGCCUGGUAGGGGGUUUAGCUUGGUAAUGUGAGCAAUGGAAAGCAUUUUCACUAGGAGGUUAAUAGGAUCAAACUGGCAUUUAAAAAUUUGCCUAUGACAGCUGUGAAGCCAGUUUUACCAGUGGUCACUUGCCCAUGCUGUGCCCCACUCUUAACUAAUUUCUAGUCCUGCUUAUUUUAAGGCCAGCCCAGCUCAGCUCAGUAUCACUUCAAGAAACUAGACAAAGGCAGGACCCUUGGUCUUUACAACAGUGGUCCCAAUUGCUGGAUCUUACUUACAACGUGAUUGUUAAUAUCCGUCUCCCCUGACAGCAGGACGGCAGGACUGAAUGUGUCUGAUCUAUACUGUUUGUCCAGUGCCUCAGAGAUGUGCCAGAAGGUUGCUCACAGCUUUGCUGCAGGCUCAGAAGUGGCCCUUUCAACCCUCCAGAAAUAUGAGACUGGUGCAGUUCCAGGCACCCCACCUGAUGGGACCUCACCUGGGCCUGGAAUCAGGGAAUGGCGGGGGGGUCAUUAACCUCAACGCCUUUGACCCCACACUGCCCAAGACAAUGAUGGAGUUCCUGGAGCAGGGAGAGGCCACUCUCUCGGUGGCAAGAAGAGCUCUGGCUGCCCAGUUGCCAGUCCUACCACGGUCAGAGGUGACCUUUCUGGCCCCUGUCACACGGCCAGACAAGGUGGUGUGUGUGGGAAUGAAUUAUGUGGACCACUGCAAAGAGCAGAACGUUCCUGUGCCCAAGGAGCCCAUCAUCUUCAGCAAGUUUGCCAGUUCCAUCGUGGGGCCCUACGACGAGGUCAUCCUCCCACCCGAGAGCCAGGAGGUGGACUGGGAGGUGGAGCUGGCUGUGAUCAUUGGAAGGAAAGGCAAGCACAUCAAGGCCACAGAUGCCAUGGCUCACGUAGCCGGCUUCACUGUGGCUCAUGAUGUAAGUGCUCGUGACUGGCAAAUGAGACGCAAUGGAAAGCAGUGGCUGCUGGGAAAAACCUUUGACACCUUCUGCCCCCUGGGCCCUGCCUUGGUGACCAAGGACAGUAUAGCAGAUCCACACAACUUAAAGAUCUGCUGCCGAGUGAAUGGGGAAGUGGUCCAGAGCAGCAACACCAACCAGAUGGUGUUUAAGACAGAAGAGCUGAUAGCCUGGGUCUCCCAGUUCGUGACUCUUUACCCAGGGGAUGUCAUCCUGACUGGGACGCCCCCAGGUGUUGGUGUAUUCAGGAAACCUCCAGUCUUUCUCAAGAAGGGUGAUGAAGUUCAGUGUGAAAUCGAAGAACUAGGCGUCAUCAUCAACAAGGUGGUGUGAUGGGUCUUACCACAAGCCCUGGACUUAAGAGGUGGGAGCAUCCACUGCCGUCCAUCACAGGGAGCAGCCCAGUGCCAGCUGCUUCAAGCUGCCUCUUCCGGGUGGAAGAGGUGCUCGUCAAUAAAAUUCUCAGCCCAAA